AAAGUAAAAUAAGAUUUCAAAAUUUUAACGCCAUAUUUCCAAAUGUUUUCAGCUCAGAUAAUAGAAGUAUAGAAGAAGACAGAGACUCACUUUCAUUACCCAUCCCUUUCUUUCGGUCAUCUUCCUUGGGAGCAUUAGUGGGAUAGAUAUUAUUGUUUUGAUUUGUGCAUUAUAUUUAACUGUAGACUUUAAUUACCUUUAAAAGUUGAAAAUUCAAUUGGGACUUGCUGAGAUUUGCUGGGACUUAUGCAAAAAGAAGAAGAAUUAGUUUUAAAAGAUUGAAAGCGCGCUCUGCUUUACAUUGUACAGGUUAUGUAGCUGAUGAUUGGGACGUAAUCAUUGCAGAUAUACUUUGGGAAUUUAUUUUUAACUGGUACAGUGGAAGAUGGUUGGGUAUUGUCAUGUUUGUAGAUUAGGAGCUGGAGAAAGACAUGAUAUAUCUAUUCAUCGGCUGCCAAAGGAUGAAAACAUCAGAGAAAAUUGGUAUGCAUUUAUUGGCUAUAAAGCAAGUACACAUAUUGGAGUUUGUAGCAGACAUUUCAAGCAGUCUGAUUUUAUUUACAAAAUAUAUGGAGAUGCUGUUAGAAGAUACCUUAAACCAGGAGCUUAUCCAUCUGUACACUGUUCACGAAAUAUUAAAACUAAAGAAAAAGUUAAAGUCAAUAUUAUGGAUGAAACUACUGAUGUUUGUUCAUCGGAAGUUGAAAAUAACAUUUAUCUAGAUGAAAGUCUGAUAAAAGAAGAAAUACAUGAAACAAUAAGUGUAGAUGGAACUAUAACAGAUACAGAGGAUUCCAAAAAUGAUCAAUUGAAGAGAAAAAGUGAAGAUUCUUUAACUCCUAGAAAACGCUUUCACAAUCUGAGAUCCAUUGAAGAUUUGUCUAGAAAAGAUUUUACUUCAGAUGAGGCUUGGUUUACUUUUGAAAAUUAUUUACUACACAUGAAAAUAAAUACAAAAUCAAAGAAAAAAAAUUUAGAUUUAUUUAAACAAAUUAUGUAACAGUUUGCAGAAAAUGAUAAAUCUUAUGAAAACUCAAACUUGUGAUGCAACGAAUGUUACAGUAGAAAUCUAAAUUAAAAUUUCAAAGAUUAUCGAGA